AUGCAGGGCUGGGUGGUAAGGAGUGAGGCUCUUCUGGGCCUGCUCCUGGUCUGUCUGCAUCUCCCAGGUUUCUUUGCCCGGAGCAUCAGUUCAAAGGAGGAGAAAGCUUCCCCAGCCUUGGAGACCGACUUGCCUCUUCUGGGACACCCUUUCUUCACCAACUCUGGACAGCCUCAGCCCAAGACAGACCCUGGGUCUGAUGAUUUGGUGGAGGCUCCUCUGAAGCCCGAUGUCCUUCCACCAGAUGGUCCUCAACCUGCAGAAAGUUCUGAGGUGGAGAGGUGGCCUCCAUCUUGGGGGAUGCCUGCUGUGGACUACUGGGCCUCUGAGUAUCCUUGGCAAAUGAUGGCUGCUGAAGCUGAGAAUUACCUGGGGCCAGCGAUGCCUGAAGGCCUGUCUUACUUUUCCAGUGGGAAUGCUGUCCCUCUGGCUAGUGGUCCUUUACCUGAAGCAUCCUCUGCAUUGCCAGAACAGCCAUCACCAGAGGCUUCGCACCGCCAGGACCCACAGCCUCGGCGGCUGCCCCAUCCCAAUGUGCUGGGAGCCCAGCGCCCACCCUGGUCCCUCACCCACAGGCCUGGUUUCCCCCUGGGGGCCCUGAAUCCCAGUGUGUCCUGGGGAGGAGGUCGUCCUGGGACUGGAUGGGUAACAAGGCCUAUGCCUUACCCUUCGGGAGCCUGGGGUAUUAAUAAUCCCUUCCCAGGUACUAGCUGGGGGAGUAUUAAUCGGUACCCAGGAGGAAGCUGGGGGAGUAUUAACCGGUACCCAGGAGGAAGCUGGGGGAGUAUUAAUCGGUACCCGGGGGGAAGUUGGGGGAGUAUUAACCGGUACCCAGGAGGAAGCUGGGGGAGUAUUAACCGGUACCCGGGGGGAAGCUGGGGGAGUAUUAACCGGUACCCAGGGGGAAGCUGGGGGACUAAUGGUAGAUACCCAGGUACCGGCUGGGGGACUAGUCCUCUGAAGUCAGGUGUCAAUAAUCAAUUCCCUCCCAAAGUUCUUCGUCCUUCUGGCUCUUCUGAUCCUUAAAGUGUGGAAUCAGAGCUCAGCAAGGAGAAACCCAAGGUUGGUAGUCAUAGAAGGGAGUCGUGUCCCUCUCUGUGUGAGCUGAAUUGGGUUCAGUUGGCUCAUUUCCCACAUCUCUCCCAAUUUCACUGUAUCCUUG